CUGUUGAUAUCUGAGGAUUAAACAACAGAUUGCACUGCGCUGUGAAGCUUGUGAAGGAACCGACUGGCAUGGGCGGUGUAUUAGCUGGGAAGACGAGAGCUUGUUUUUCUUUGGCAGCAAACUACAUUUUUAGUGUCCUAGCUUGAAGAAAGAAUCCUUGGUGCAGGAUUGAAGGCACGUUUGGUCAAAGUGCAGAAUGCAGUCAUCCCUCACAUGCAGUAGAAGAGCUGCCAGUCAGAGAUGGUGAAGUUAGGGAGCAAUCUGGCUGAGAAACCAGAGAAGGAGCAGGCCCUGGAAGAUGGGUUUGAUAACAUCCCUCUGAUAACACCCCUGGACGUGAGCCAGCUCCAGCAACCGUUUCCCGACAAGGUAAUUGUGAAAACCACAACAGAGUACCAGCUGCAGCAGAAGAAGAAGAGAAAGCUAUACGUGCCUGGCAUUAAGAAAUUGAAUAUAAACCUGUAUGAUGAAGUGUCAGAGAAGGUCAAGCUAACUGGUCUGAUCCUCAUCACUAUGGCAUUCCUGGCAUGCCUGCUGCUGUUGGUAAUGUACAAGGCCCUGUGGUACGACCAGCUCAGCUGCCCAGAGGGCUUCGUUUUCAAGCACAAGCACUGCACCCCCGCAGCCCUGGAGAUGUACUACUCAGAGCAGGAGCCAGGCGCAAGAGGGGGCCUCUACACUGCCAUCAGCCACCUUACCCAGGCCAAGAAGACGAUACCCGAGCUGCCGUCUCCGUGGCUACCGGUAAUCAACGCCUUGAAAGAAGCAGAGAAGGCUAAGGAAGAGUCCAGCCAUGUCCAGCAGUAGGACUCCACUGAGAUAAUCAGAAGCAAAUGUAUCACACGUACAGUAACACGCGUAUUGUAACUAUCAAGGUAUAAUACUUAAAAAUAGUUUAGGAACGUGCCUGAUUCACAUACUGUUUUCCCAGAAUAUCCUGAAAUAAUGUGUUAUUCAGUGAAUUUUACUGAUAGGGGAUGUAAUUUGUGGCCUGGGGCGGGACAUUUCUGCUUCUCAUCCGUCUCAAGGAUUUAUGAAAUGUACACAGCCUAUUGAAAUCACCCUCUUUAAUACCAGAUAUCCUCGGGAAGAUUUCACAGGACAGUGUUAUCAGUCCUGAAUUUUAUACAGUGUCCAUGAACACAAGUGGAAACUUCACUCUAAAACACUUGAACUGCCCAACCUUAGGAAUUACAGUACAUUGAUUUCAAGGAUUUAUUUUCUCAUCGACAAUGCAAAUCUCACAAAUAAAGUAAACUGUGGUACAACUUACCAUGGGAUUUUUAAAUGAAUACAAUGUACAUGUCACAUGCAUGUCACAUUCCAAAUUCUGCAGCUUAUUUGGGAUGGCAUAGACAAAUAUAUUAAAACAAAACUCCGAAUUUGAAUGCACUGCAGAACACCUAAUGAGUAAAUUUAAUCUGUUUUGUCCAACUCCAGGUUUAAACUGUAAUUAAUCCAUAUUUUGAGAGGUAAACUAUCUGAACACACUAAAGGCCUUACUAAACUAUUUCAUUUUUUAAUAAACUGGUGGAACCUAUUUUUGCAUUUUCUUAAUGAGUUAAAGUCCUUUCUCUCACCUGGAUACAUGUCAUCUAAGCUGAAACCACAUGGGCAGGUUUCUGUGUCUGACACAUUUGUGAAUUAUCGAAGCUAAAAGUAUAGUAAAAGAUCAUUAAAGAAUAAGUAUGCAUGGUUAAAACUUAAUAGAUCAAAAUUCAUUCUGAAAAUGUAAGCAUUUGUGAGUACUGGUAACAUGAAUUAAAAUGCAAAGCGUCCAUAAUUUGAAGCCCUGAAAAUUGUUCUAAAUUCGACAUGUAAAAACAAAACGCCAAUCUUCUGUCAUUACCGAGCUCUGGAUAAGACCCAGACUGACACUAUAGGCACAGUGUGAACUGGGGUUCUUUCGUCCAAGAAAAAAUGUUUACAUUUAUCACCCACACGUCCACAAGCAGACCCGUUGCAGAAAUUCACUGCAAAGAAUGUGUGAAGUAUUGUUAAACAUAUGAAACAGGAUGGGACACUGGAACUAAUUAAAGAGAAAUGACUUUGACAGGUUUUAUAUUUUAUCCACCUCAAAUACAACUUUUAACUUGCCAUUACUCAUACUAUUGCUAUUUUUUGUAAGGCUCACAUUACUCUUUUGCAUGUUGUUUAAUUCACUGGUCCAUCAUUGAACUGCAGUACAGGAUGUCAUCAUGUGUGUCUACAGUAGUACUGUCAAGGGGCUAGUAUAGUUGGAGUCACUUUUCUGUUGAAAUUCCCAAUUAUAAAACAAAGGAGCAUCAUAAGUAUAAUUUUCUCUAGAUAUUUAAGAUUGGAGACUUUGGAUGCCAUCUCUGCAAAAUGGAUAAUUACAGGAAAUCCAGAACAUUUAAAAAACUGAAAAGUUAAAACUAAAAUUUACCUGGAAACACAUGCACAGUGUUUUUGAUGUUUGGUCUUUCAUCGAUUUCUGUAAGACUCUGCUGGUCACAGGACACUGCAUUCUGUGACUCGGCAUAGGAUUGAUGGUGAAAGUAUUUCAACAACCUCAGUUUUCAGAUGCACAAGGGUCUUGGAAAACAAUCAUGCUCUUAAAGCAUUUUUUUUUAAAUUUCCUGAAUGGUUUGCUAAUUUGGGUAUUUAGCACCUUUGGCAGCAAAGUUUGGAAUGAUAACGUCCCAACUACAGCAAACAUUAUUUUUGUUUCCCACGUGUAGAACCAAAGUUACACAUUUAAAACUAUUUUUAUUUAAUGCUUGGAUGGACUUCAUUUCUCCAGCAGUGCAGUCACGUGAUCCUCCCACUUUAAUAAACUGCAGGGGUUCCUGGGGUCUUUGGCACAGAAAAGACUCCAGCAUUCGGAAAUACUCAUCUGCAAGCUGCUGUUGUGAAGCAAUAAUGCUUUAUGACAAGUGCAUGUAAAAUAUGUUGUUCUGCCAUGAUGUUCCCAUCCUUUAUGUGCAAGACACAUUGACUUGCCUUGAAUUCAAAACAGGGCACGUAAGAAACAUGGAACUGCAAGAAACAUGACGUGUCUUUGAUUUGAGUAUUAUUUUUUACAUGUUGAAUUUUUUCUUUUCCAUUCACAUUUCCUAAAAUGAUUUAUGCCGAUGUUUCGUACAGGGUAUAUGCUGGUUUCAUUCCAGUGUGAUUUUUCUUCUCAUUCUUUAGCGAAACACCAUACUCGUUUUUUUUUUUCAGGUUUGUGAGCAACUAACACUGCAGUAACUGUACCUGCUUGUAUGACCCCUUUUAAAAAUGACUGCAAUUCAAGAUCUACAGUAUGUAGUGUACCAAUGGAGCUUUGAAAAGCUGGGAUCAGUACAUGCAUUUCAACAAUGGAUAUUUCAGAUACCUGCUCAUAGCGCUGAAGUGUGAUCAGUCUUCCCAAAGCCCCUCCCUACAGAUGUGUUGUCAAACAAUUUUGCUAAAUACUUAAUCUGAGAGUCUGAAGGUCUUUGCACUAUGAAUCAGAGAGAGAAUAACGAGCUCAGCAGUACACAAGCACUUCAAUAGACAUGGGCGUGAUUGAGGUCUCCCCUACAAGACUCCUACUCCUCCUAGAACCCCUGCACAGAGGUGCCCUGUUUUAUAGACCCCCCAGGGGUGGGGGGUAAUUAAAGGGGAGGUGAGGGUGCCACCUGGGACAAAGCCAGUAAGAAGCCAGACUUCUUGGAGAAAAGCUGGGGUAUGUGAAAAGACGAAUUCCUAAUGCAAGAAAUUGUAUAGGGCUAAUAAAGAAACAUUAUAAACAUUAUAUAUUAUUGAAACAUUAUUAUAACAUUAUAAUUCCUUCUCUCACGUCCCCUUAUACGUUAGUAACCACAUACAGCCCUGGCGUUUCUGUGCCCUAAUUGUUCAUGUUGGCUGAUGUCGUAAGCACAAUAUGUAGAAAUCAUGGCAAAGAGCCUUAAUGGACAGAAUGCAGUUUAGAUUUAAAUAAUGAAACGAAUAUUUCUGCAAUUUCGAUUACAUUUAGGACUACGCAAAUACACGUCUCCCUUAUAGAAAAAGAAGCCGUGCUACCCGCUUCCUGCGUGUGGAGACUACUGUUCCCACUGGAACCUUGGUCACUCAACUGGCCCGUCACAGCUCUCUCUCUCUCUGUGGUGCGAGAUUUAUUUCCUGUAAUCCUGUACAUACCUCAUUUAAGCGCAAUAGUAAAUUCGAUGUAGAUCGCAAUACUUACCAUUCAUGCGCAGGUCCACGAAACAGCUUGUCAUAUCUUUUAUUUUUGGAAUUGUGUUCGUGUCUACUUUGUCUUACAACAACAGUGUUCAGCUCUUCAUAAGAUGACCUUCCUCUGUCCAUGUGCAACACAGAAGCACAAAACCGCGGUGCUUCACGCGUCUCCUCGCAGCAAAUCAGAGGUUAAUGUCGUUCUGGGUGCACACUAAUCCGAUCAAAUAAAAUUCAAACCGAUUGCCAAACGGACGGAUCACACAGGUGCACCGCGCAGCUCACAGAUGAGUGUUUCAAACGAUGAUGAUUCCCACAAUCGGAUGCCGUGUGCAAAAACCGGAUUUUGGGACGGAAAACAAAUGCGACGUUGCAUUCUAAAAUAAAAGGACUCAUUGGAUGGUGCCCCGAGAAAUCAGUUUAAACGCACUUUAAUAUGAUUCCUGUGCCUGUUUAACCAUAGGAAGGGCGUACGAAACUGCAGUGUUAAUCUUAUUAAACUCCAUGCUUGGAACAGAUUAUUGCCCUGUACUUCUGUUUUAUUAAAUCAUUCUUAACAUUAAAUGACUGAUUUUGCUACAGUGUUUGCCUCACAAAGGCUUAAUUAAAUCUAACACUCUUGAGUGUUGUAACGAAUUGCUGCAGGUCAUGGUGCCCUUUCCCAAGCCUUGUGAAUAUUUUAAAUGCUGUAUAAUUGUUGUGACUCGCUGGUUAACCACUUGACUUGCAAAGCAUUUCCUGAUCGUUUUAGUUGUAUACUUUGAUUUUGACAGCUCUUUGCAGUUUUUUUUUCAUAGAGAAUGUGACAUUUUGUGUUCACGAUACAGCAAACAACACCUAUGUGUGAAGUGCCAACCUAUGUGUUGUCAUCUGCCUUGAUCUGAUUUGAGAAAAAAAUAAAUAAAGCCGUGUUGUUAAUUUUUCUCAUUA